AUGGGUGAAAUACCUCGAUCUAAAGGGGUCAGCCAUGUGGAGAAGAUGAAGGCUCUUGAAAAAAUUCAGAGAGGAUCCAGAGGGUUCCACUGGGGCACGUGCCCCUCACUGGAGUUGGUCUACCUUAGAUUGAGCGAGGCCCAAAAAAGAAGAAGCUCCGCAGGUCGAAGAACCGGCGGCGGUGGAGCCGCCGCCGGUGGCCGCGGCGGGAGGAGAUCCGGGCGAGCGCCGUCAAAUUGUGACCCUCUGUUUUCGUAUCUAUUCGGAAACUGUGGACAAUGGCCCUUUUCUCGCAGAUCAUCCAACAAUCCUUUUCUACCCCGAGCGCCGCCGUCCCGCCGACGCACAACCCCGCCGCUGAUCCCGUUUCCGCCGCCGGUGGUCCCUGCUCCGCCGCAGAUCGUGUUCCCGCCGCCCCUGAUAGCGUCUCCUCCUCCGGCAGUCACUUUCCCCCCACCAAUUGCCCCGUCUUCCCCGCCGCCGGCAGUCCCCGCACCGCCGCCGCUGGCUCCUCCGCCGUCACCCCCGGCCGCACCUCCACCGCAGGCGCCAUCCCCGCCUCCUCCUUCUCCCUCGCCGCCACCGCCGCCGCUGGUCCCUUCUCCCCCACCACCCUCGCCGCCGUCGCCUCCGCCACCGGAGGUCAUCCCCAUAGUGUACCCGCCGCCGUUGGUCUCCUCCCCUCCUCCGGCAGACGACGCGCCGCCGGUGUUCCCCUGGCCCACGCCGCCCGAGGCAAACACAGACGCUCCGCCUCUGUUUUUCUCUCCCCCGCCGUCGCUGCCGGAUAUUGUGUUCCCACCACCGUUACCGGACACCCCGCCGGCAGAUGAUGAAGCUCUACCGGCGCCGCCGUUGUUCCCGGUGUUCGGCCCGCCUGAGGAACCGCCGCCACUUUCACCGGCAAUUCCGUUCUCGUUUUUCCCUCCGCCCUCUCCGAAUCCGCCGGCGACAGAGCCUGGUGUAGUUGAGACCCCGCAAUUCCCGAUCCCUCAGGCGCCGGAGUUCUUGCCGCCGCCGGAGAUUGAUCCGGUACCGUUCAUGACAGCACCGCCGGCAGUGGAAGAGCAGCCACUGCCUCCGCCACUUCCUUUCGUACCUCCGGUUGAUUUCACGGCGCCAGAUCCUGUUUCUCCUCCUUUCAAUUGA